AUGGAACCAGACGAUUCCGAAACACCCCCAGUUAGCCCUGGCUUCGAUCCUUCGAGAUGCCGGGUUCUGCGUGAAUUCUUGCCUUCUGGCGAAACCAAAGGGUCCUCUGGUCCAGUAGUUUCAAGCCCUCACUCUGGUGACCGGGGGAAUCUUCAGGAUUUUGUUAGGUUGAUGAAAUCCGCAAACGUGGAAGGGCCACACUUUCUGUCUCAUGUUCAUCUGGGCUGUAAAAGGUUGGGUUCGGGCGCGCAGUUCGACGUAUUUGGCCACCAGCACUUUGUCCAUGACACCUUUCCACCUUUUGAUCUACCGUAUGUUUCAAGGAUUCAGGGUUCUGGAAAGGCACCAGUGGCUGUUGCUGUCAAACGAGCAAGAUUUAUGCAUAGCUAUGCAGGAGCACCAAUAUCAACAUCUCAACAAUUUGGCUUUGGGACUCCUGAACAGUUUCGUGCCUUGAUUUUGGAGGUCUGCGCGCUCUCAAAUCCCGCAAUCCACACCCACCGAAAUAUUGUUAAGUUACUAGCUUGGGGUUUUGAUUUUGGUGACGGGGGUGCUAGUGUUGGGCUGCGCAGCCCGUUGCUUAUUCUUGAGCAUGGAAAUUGUUCGCUGCGACACUUCCUCUCCAAUCACAAGAGAGAAAUACCGAACCCUCCUGAACAAGUUCUCCAGAAGUUGGGACUUGAUGUCGCUCGGGGGCUGAGCGCGCUUCAUGAUGCCGGGAUCAUCCAUGGUGAUAUUAAAACAGAUAAUGUGUUGGUAUUUCCUGCUGAAGCACCCUUUUUCUGUACUGCCAAAAUUUCGGACUUUGGGUUCUCUGUCCUGAAUAUGGAGAAAGAUCAGAAGAUUUAUAAUAUCGGAACUCCCGGCUGGCAAGCCCCGGAGUUGGAUGAUGUUGGUGUUAGCAUUGGUAUGUUGACAAAAUGUGAUUAUUUCUCGCUCGGGCUUCUCAUCCUACGAACCGUUGUUCGUGUCUGCGACGGCUACCAAAAGGCUGGCCUCGAGCAAGUGAGCGACAUGCUAAAGUGUGCAAAUAUUUCUCAACCAACCCAAAACUGUAUGCGUGAUGUCAUGCAAUCUUUACUGCCGAGCCUGCCCCAGGAGAGAGCGUCAGAUCUGAGGAACGUUUGCAACCGACUCUCACAGGUAGAUCAGCAGGGGCUCGACCGAACGGGCAAUUGGUACGUACGAGAGCCCUGUAGCAUCAAAGGAGGUGGUAGUUUAUAAUAAAAUAGGGUUCAGGGCCGGUUCGAUCACGAUACGCCCUUGGAGGAGUAUGAAGCCCCGGCGGACGGCUCACCUAUGGCUCUGGGAAUCCUUCAACACUUUCAGUCGAGGAACAAGGAAAAAGGGAUCCUACCCUUGAAGAAAACAGAUGGCCCAAACUAUUCUUGGCUACCUAUAUAUAAGUUCCUCGAGGAGGUUGAUACCGAUACAUAUGCUAAGAUUGCAUCCCAUUACAUUAAUGGGAUUUAUGAGGUAUCUCGGAACCCUCGGGUAAAUAUAUCUGGGGAUCUGGUGGGCCAGGAAAUCAGUGGAUAUCAGUUGUUGGGAUUGUGCUUCUCAGGGCGACUCGAUGACCCGAAGUCAGAUGUUGACCGAGCAAGGGUGUAUCGGAGGAAACGGGGUGCAUGUGCUGUGGUGUCAGCUAUGAGAGGUUACUUCCCAGCCCAGGCGAUCUGCAAGCAACUCCUGGAAAACAACAGUGGUAGGUUUCGAGAAACCUUGGAAGCUAACGACACCCAAUGGCAACGAAACGCCGUUGCGUCGGGCUUUCUCCUUUCCUGGAAGUUUGCGCAUGAGCACCCGGGGGAAUAUGCGCUCGCCCUAUCUGAUUUUCGUCAGUCGGGUGGAUACAACGCACAUUACGCCUACAAUACGAUCGAGAAGCAGAGCGCAUACGGUCCGUCUGGUCUUCUCUACGACGUCCAAGGCCCCCUCGAGUGGCUCGGAAACUAUCCACUUCACAGGGCAGCUGCCCUUGGGCAGGCUGCUGAGGUCGGACGCCUAGCAGAGAACGGGUAUGAUAUAAACUCCCUAGAUAUUAGCGGUGAGACACCACUCCAAAGGGCAUGCAUGGCCGGCCACGCCUCCACCACCCGUUAUUUAGUGCAAAGGGGGGCCGAUGUAACUCUGAAAAGCAUACUUCUUGGGACCGUACCACUGCACUGGCUUUUCGUUUUCGAGCCGAGUGAAGUCAACGAUGUUGCGGAUAUGCUGGUGGGGUUGGAGAAAGAAAACCUCGAAGAGGAGUCCAAUAUAGAGGCAGAUGCAUUUCACUUCCCAUUCAAGUGGCCCUCCGGAUCGCCGAUUGCCUGGAGUGUUCUUUCAAACAGAUAUGAGGCUGUCUCGGCACUCUUGAGGCUCGGGUCCUCACUUGACUCAAUACCGGAUUUCUUCCCCUCUUUACCCGACUGGCCUGAAGACGCCGAUUCCUAUGAUAUGUGCUCCAACAACAGGCAAAACCGAAACCUAUUCAAAAUCUGGAUAUACAAACCAAUUCUGCAGUAUCAGCACCCCAUAUGCCAGAACUCCUUUGGAUAUUUGGUAAAGCGUAGUGAACUAGGGAAUUUAGAAAAGAUUAGUAACGGGCUGGAUUCAGCAGUUGUGGAUGGCCAUGGCAGCGAGUUAGAAUCGGCAGCAGCCGGGGGAGACUUGGAUGCUGUCCAGCGACUAAUUAAUUGUGGCGUCGAUUCAGACGCUUCGCUAAGCAAGGACACCCCACUGCAGACCACCAUUUUCGCAGGAAACCUAGAUAGUGUUAAGUUGUUACCCAACAAUGGAGCGAGUGUUGAUUUUCCACCGGGUGCGUUCGCCGGGAGCCCACCGCAAUGGGCAGCGAAAACAGGGAACGUGCAGAUUACGAGCAUGUUGCUCGAUGCCGGGGCCGAUGCGAACAGUCGGUCCCAGAAACCAGAGCUGCAGAGACAGCUCUCUACGAGGCAUCAAGAUUAG